CGGGCCCGGCCAGUGUGCGGCCGAGGCGGGAGGGCGGCGGGUGUCCGUGCGGCCGCGGGUCAUGACGGCUGGCGACCAGGCCGAGGGCGCGGGCGAGGAGCCCGGCGCAGUGCGGCCGCCCUCCGGAGUGGCCAAGCUGCUGUCGGCGCUCUUCUACGCGACCUGUUCCUUCCUCAUCGUUCUGGUCAACAAGACGCUGCUGACCACCUACGGUUUCCCUUCACCAAUUGUCCUUGGAAUUGGACAGAUGGCAGCUACCAUAAUGAUACUGUAUGUAUCUAAGCGAAAUAAAAUCAUUCACUUCCCUGAUUUUGACAAGAAAAUCCCUGUAAAGCUGUUUCCUCUGCCUCUCCUCUACGUUGGAAACCACAUAAGUGGAUUAUCAAGCACAAGUAAAUUAAGCUUGCCGAUGUUCACUGUCCUCAGGAAAUUUACCAUUCCACUUACUUUGCUUCUGGAAAGCAUCGUACUCGGGAAGCAGUAUUCACUGAGCAUCAUUGUCAGUGUCUUUGCCAUCAUUCUCGGGGCUUUCAUAGCAGCUGGUUCUGACCUUGCUUUUAACUUGGAAGGCUACAUUUUUGUAUUUCUGAAUGAUGUCUUCACAGCAGCAAAUGGAGUUUAUACCAAACAGAAGAUGGACCCAAAGGAGCUAGGGAAAUAUGGAGUACUUUUCUACAAUGCCUGCUUCAUGAUUAUUCCAACUUUUAUUAUCAGUGUCUCUACUGGAGACCUGCAACAGGCUACUGAAUUUAACCAAUGGAAGAAUGUUCUGUUCAUCAUACAGUUUCUUCUUUCCUGUUUUUUGGGGUUUCUACUGAUGUACUCCACGGUCCUGUGCAGCUACUACAAUUCGGCCCUGACAACAGCAGUGGUUGGAGCCAUUAAGAAUGUAUCCAUUGCCUACAUCGGUAUGUUAGUUGGUGGAGACUAUGUUUUCUCUGUGUUAAACUUUGUAGGGUUAAAUAUUUGCAUGGCUGGGGGAUUGAGAUAUUCCUUUUUAACUCUAAGCAGCCAGUUAAAACCGAAACAACCAGUGGAUGAAGAAAACAUUCCUUCAGAUUUGAAGAGCUAGAGGCUGGGGCAGAAUUGCAGACUGACUUGAGACACAGGACCCAUGGUGAAGGGAUUCUCAGCAGAAAUGUGAAGCCAGAAGUUUCAGACUUGGCACAUCCACCCUCUGGGUAAAGCACAAACAGGAAUGUUUGCAGAAUAACUACCUCACAGGCACUGCACAGUUGAGCCAUCACUGGUCCUGAGAAACGUAUCUGUGCAAAACCUCACCAGUGGGAAGUGACUCUUUUCAAAAUAAGCCACUGGGACUUGGUAGGUAGUGUGCUGAGCGCUCACCUACAGACUUGUGUGGCCCCUUGUCCCAGUGGCAUGCACUGAAGAGGAGGUUGAUGUUUUAAUGGUAACUAUUUCCUUAUCAGCAUCUUGGCCUUAAUUUUGAAGGCUCUGGUCAAAGCGUGGCACCAAGGAGAACAGUUUAUUUCAGUUUAAACAGACAUGUCUUUAUUUUAAUAAAAUCAGCCAGUUAACUGCCCAUAAAAUUAGUUGUUAGCUUUGAUGUAAGGUGUGUUCAUAUAUUUUCUUAAUCAUCAAAGUAAAAUAAAACAUUUCUAUGUAUGCCUCAUACUGUGAUAUUAUUGUAAGCAGGCAGAAAACAAGAAAUCAGUUAAUCACAGAGGAGAAGAAUAUUCCCAUCUUGGAGGGAUAAUUAGAUAACUCCUUUUAUGAAUCAUGUUGGGAAAGAUUACCAAGUAACUCAAUUGAAAGGAAAUACUCAGGGUUUACCCUGUCAACAUUUAAGUAGCCCCUUUCUUUGUUUCCUCUUAACUCUUUCUAGGUUCCAUGGUGGGGAGGUUUAACCAAAGGUGCAUGCAUGUCCUCAAAGGCCAGCCUACCCCAAAGAGGGGCUUGUAUGGGAAGGUGCCCUGGCUGGCUGGGGGGUCCUUUACCCUCCCCAUUAGGAAAUGGGCUGUCUCCAUAAGUGUUGGAGUGCAGGGUGGAGACCCAGACUGGGAGUCAGGAGCCAAACCAACUAGUCCUGUCUCCACCGUUAACCUCUGGGAACCUUUGCAAAUCACUUUGUCCAUUGCGUGGCCUCUGGUUAUCUCUUGUGAAUA